AUGGGUCCCGGAUCGAUUCGCAAGGAGGAUGUCGAGGUUGUCGAUCAGCCUGCUCACGUCGAGAAUCUGCCCAAGCCUUCACACGUCACGGAGAUUGACACCUUUCGCGUUGUCGGCUUGACCGUCGACGAUGAACAAUUCUAUACCAGUUUCUCUGAGGAACGUCGAAAGAAGGUCUUUCGAAAGGUGGACGUUCGUUUGGUCCCAAUGCUGGCGUUGCUAUACUUGAUCUGCCACAUCGAUCGUGCCAAUAUCGGCAAUGCCAAAAUCGAGGGCAUGGUUCAGGAUUUGGGUAUGACCGGGGUUCAGUAUAAUACUGUACUUUCUAUCUUCUUCAUUCCCUACGUGUUGUUCGAAGUGCCCAGCAACAUUCUUCUCAAGAAAUUCAAGCGCCCUUCUACCUACCUCGGUGUUCUAGUCGUCAGCUGGGGCAUCAUCAUGACAUGUACUGGACUGGUCAAGAACUUUGCAGGUCUUAUGACUACCCGAGUGCUGCUGGGUAUCUUCGAGGCUGGUUUCUUCCCCGGUGCAAUCUACCUCUGCUCUUACUGGUACAUGCCAAAGGACCUCGCUCUCCGCAUUUCAUACUUCUACUGCGCCAGCGCACUGUCCGGUGCCUUCUCCGGUCUACUUGCUGCCGCCAUCGCCAAGAUGGAUGGCAUCGGUGGUCUUGAAGGCUGGCGAUGGAUUUUCAUCCUGGAGGGACUUUUGAGUGUCGUUCUAGGUGUAAUGUGUUUCUUCUUUCUUAUCGACACGCCCGCGUUCUCUACACGAUGGCUGUCUGCCGAUGAAAUUCGAUUCCUCGAACUUUCCAUGUUCAUCAAGCAAGGUGGAACCAGCAGCGAGGAGACAAGCUUCAAGAUGCGAGAUUUGAAGAAGGUCCUUCAGAACUGGAGAAUCUACGUGCAGGCUUACUUCCUGCUUUGCCAGUCGGCCCUGUCAUAUGGUACCAAAUUCACCCUUCCGACCAUCACCAAAGCCAUGGGCUUCAGUUCCACCAACGCCCAACUGACUUCUGCCCCACCAUACGUCGUCGCAGCCAUCUCAGCCAUUAUAUUUGCCCGGCUGUCAGAUCGCUUCUACUGGCGCAUGCCCUUCGUCGCCAUCCCCAUGAUAAUCGUGGUAACCGCCUACGCAAUCCUAUUCUCUCUCAACGGCGCCCUCGAAUCCAAGCGAGGAGUAGCCUACUUCGCCGUCGUCCUCGGCGUAGCCGGUAUCUACCCGAUUCAAUCCGCCGCCGCAUCAUGGAACGCGAAUAACAUUGCUCCGUCAGCGCGACGAGCCAUCGGCAUCGCGCUUAUGAACUGCGUUGGCAACGUGGGCGGUAUUAUUGGGAGUUUUAUGUAUAUCGAGACUGAGAAGCCUAAGUAUCCUACUGGCUUUGGGUUGAGUCUUGCGCUGGCUGGGGCUGGGUUUUUUGUGGCUUUCUUCCUUGAGUGGAGCUAUAAGAGGGCGAAUGCGCAGAAGGCUAAGGUUGCGGAUGAGGCGAGGGUCAAGUAUACUGAAGACGAAUUGUUUGAUAUGGGAGAUAAGUCUCCGCUGUUCAAGUAUGUGCUUUAGUUAGUCCUUACGGUUGAACGGACGAGUUAUGAAAGGAAUAAGCUAUGGUUUGGUUGUGACUUGAGGAAGCAUCUUUAUUUAAAGGGCGGCAUUAACGACACGACAGGGUUCGUGGCACGACAAGCCUAAUGCUAA